AUGUCUGACAACCAAAAGCUAGCGGCGACGGAGACUGGUUCGGUUUCAUCCAAAGCAUCAACCAAGUCAGCGACCACGGGAAAGUCGGCCUCGCGCCCAACGAGACAGAAAGAGCAGCUGGGUGCGAGGCCGACAAGGCCCACUCGGUCGCUACGAGAGAGGGUCCUCGCUCGAACUGCAUCAGCGCGGUCCUCAAUCAGCGAGGACACCUCUCUACAGUCCCCGCCGCCGUUGCCUCAGUCACUCCCCCCGUCCCUAAUGGACAUCUCAAACGAAAGGGUAUGCACAUGGGACCAGGAGGAGAUCCCUCCUCGGCCUAUACAAUCAGACGACGAACUUUCGGAGGGCUCAUCGAUCUCUGAAAGAGCGCCGUCGGGCCGCCGCAGUAUGCUCUUCACCACGUCCAGACGGACGGGAGUCGAGAUGGACGCGGCAACCAAACUGGCGAACGAAACGCUCCUCAAAGCGAAAGAAGCUAUUGAGGCAGCUGGGAAUAUGAAAAAGGAAUGCAAGGCUAUCGCACUGGACAGCUUGCAGGUUCUCUACGAGACUGUCCUCUCGCUGUCGGACUCCAGGUCAAGGCACAAGCACAACCUGGAGAAGGAACGAGCCAGGCACGCCCAGGAACUGGUCAGGGUAGAGCGCGCCCACAAUAAACAAACUGCGGAGCUGCUCAAAGACCUCAACCAGCGGCUGAGUGAAGCCCGAAGCGACAUCUCGGGAAACCUAGAAGAGACAAGAGCAAUCAGAAGCUGGCUAGGGUACGAAACUCAGGAACCCUAUAGACAGAUCAGUGAGAUAGCCGAAAUGACAAAAAAGAUAACCGCCAUGGAGAGAAGCAUUGGUGAACGGUCCCAUACACAAGGGACAGGUCAAAGGAUGACAGACAUAGGGCCGCUCAUCAAUGACCACCAAAAAAUGACAUCCCAGCUGGACCACAUGACCAAACAACUGGACGACAUGAGACGGACAUUAGACAAAAACUUCGAAAUGACAAAACAACUGCAGCUGUGGACGAACCACGACAAAAUCGGCAAGGGUAUGACUGAGGUCAAAGAGGCCAUUCUACAGGCUGAAAAGAACCUCAGUCAGACCAUUGCCGAGCAGCCAACACCAACACCGCAAGUCGGACAUGAGGCGCCGCCAAAAGGGGACCUCAUGGAACAGCUCCAACCAAUUACAGAAAAGUUGGAAGCGGUGUCGUCGGAACUCCGCACCAUGCGGGAGGCUAGGAACAAAACCCCGCCUCCCGCCACAAGUCUGGGCACUGAAAUAGCCCUAGCAGAACUGGUCAAAACGGCCACCCAAACUGCGGGCAAGGCAACAUACGCCCAAAUAGCACAGAAGCCCAGACCCCCAAGACCCAACCACACACUAAUAGUGUCGGCUACCGACCCCGACAAAACGGGGGACAAGGUAAUCGACAGUAUCAGGGCGGUGUUGGACCUCCAGCAUACGGGGGCGAAAAUAGACAAGGUGCGGAAAGCAAGGAACCAUAAAAUCAUCCUCAGCUGCAGCACUAAGGACGACCUCACGAUAAUUAAAAACAAACUCAAGACGGACAACGGCCUAAAGGCAGAAAUCCCUAAAACCAACAAUCCUUUGGCUAUUGUAAAGGACGUUCUCACCUAUAACUCUGAUGCAGAUAUUGUAAAAUUCAUAACAUCCCAGAACGCGCACCUUCUGGAGGGAAUUCCGGCAAAGGACGUGGCGGUCCGAGUGCGCUACCGCAAGAAGGCACGUAACCCGCUCGAGUGCCACGUCGUGUUGGAGCUGUCACCAGAGGUGCACAAGCGAUUUAUCGACCAUGGGAAAAUAUAUAUAGAUCUGCAGAGGAGACCGAUCGAGGACCAGUCGCCACUAGUACAGUGUGCAAAAUGCCUCGGUUUUGGGCACACAAAAACAAUAUGCAGGGAGGCGGACCAACUCUGCAGUUACUGCGGGGGGGUGCACUCAUGGGAGGAGUGCUCCCGCAGAACAGGAGGAGGACUCCCGUCUUGCAAAAACUGCCAAAGGGCCAAUAACAAAAAUAAUGAUCACAUCGCUUUCAGUGGGGAUUGCCCAGAAAAGCGUAAGUGGGACUCCAUAGCGAGGUCCCGAAUAACUUAUUGCUAA